GGAGCUUCAACCCAACUGACUGAAGAGCAACCUGAACCAGAAGGGAAUUCCACUGAACGAGGAUGCUGAAAAACUACAAACACUGGUCAUAUUGACGGAGACAUGAGAGAUUCUUGCAGCUUGAUAAUCUGGACGUGAACCUCAACGUUCUUCCUGCUCUUUUUUUUUAUCUAGUAAUGGCUGAUCUGAAUGAACAUCUCAUUUUUCCAGACUUUACAGCACGUUCCUGACCCUGACCUUUCGGCCCCAAAAAGGACCGACCGGAAUAACCGUUUCAUACAUUUUCUCAGGCAAAGAGUUUUAAAGGAUAUUUUUGAUUUUAAACAUAGUGUUUUUUGUUUUUUUUUAAAUCAUGCACAUGCACCCUGUCUUCUUGGUUAGAAGGGGAAGCUAUCAGAAGUAACCACUGCAUGCAUCAUGUGGGGAAAACCCCUAUAUAACUAGCACUGAAACACAUUUUUAUUUUUUACCCUGGUGAGCAUCGUUACAGCUUUGGGUGAAACAUGCUUCUGAAGAAGAAGCUGUGCAUCUGUGCCUUGUCUUGCUUGGUCCUAUUUUUUAUGAUCGUCUCCUACACGAUCCAGAAGAACAUCGUUCAAGAUACCCCGAGCACCACGAGGACCAUCGUUAAACUACAGCAAGUUCAGCAACGCAUGUGCAGCUGCUCAACUUGCGUUGCAGAACCAGGUGUCUCGAAGUGGUUUGACAAACGUUAUAACCAGAGUCAGCAACCAUUUCUUACGACCGGGAAAAACAAAAUCGAUUCGUACUCUUUGAAGUGGUGGCUGGCUUUGCAGCAGUCAGGUGAUAGCACAAUCAACGAAGUUAUAAGAGAGAUGUUCAAAGUGGUUUCUCCUCCCAACGGGAAAGAAAUUAAUUCAGAUCGGUGUCAGAGGUGUGCCGUGGUUGGAAAUUCAGGAAAUCUUCUGCAUUACAAGUAUGGAUCCAUGAUAGACUCCCAUUCCUUCGUCUUUCGCAUGAACAAAGCAACAACUGUGGGUUUUGAGCAAUUUGUGGGGAAUAAGACCACUCACCACAUCAUGUACCCUGAGAGUGCUGUGGAUCUUGCUUCUGAUGUCCAUCUUGUCCUGCUGCCUUUUAAACUAAGAGACAUCGAGUGGUUGACCAGUGCUCUAUCAACAGGAAAAGUCAAAACGACAUACAUGAGAGUAAAAGACUUUGUGAAGGCAGAUAAGGAUAAGGUGAUGGUAGUUAACCCAGGCUUUCUUAAAUAUACUUACGAUAACUGGACAGAACAUCAUGGCAGGUACCCCUCGACGGGCAUACUGGCUAUUGUGUUUGCCCUACACCUCUGUGAUGAGGUCUCCGUGUUCGGAUAUGGCGCAGACACACAGGGGAACUGGCACCACUACUGGGAGAACAACAAGUACGCCGGAGCCUUUCGCAUGACGGGCGUGCACAACGCCGAUUUCGAACACAAAGUUAUCCAGAUGCUGAGCGCAGAGGGCAAAAUCAAACUGUACACAAAAGCCAAAAAGAAGCUUUCUGAGAAGCUUCAUUAAGCGACUCAGGGCCACGAGCGCGCACGACGUGCUGAAGAAGUGCUGAGGCCAAAGAUAUGCCACACUCAGCCACCCGGCUGUGAUCCACCCGGCUAUUAACUCUGACCACUGUGAGUUACGCUCAACCAAACCCACUCAGAACAUGCUGUAUUCUUGCACGACCAAACAAACCUUUAUUUUUAUAUGAACCUUGUUAUUAAAUACCACACAUUUGAUACUGGACCACAAGUUGGAGAAAAUAAUGAGAAGUGAAAAGAGCUUGGGUGCCAACAGAGCUGAACUCACACCAAAUGCCUUAAAGCUACUAGAGCUUCAGGAAUUUGACACUGUGCUAGUGCACAUGACGAUGACUAGUGGUGGCUUAGUGUUUAAGGUACUGGACUAGUGAUUAAAAGCCCCAUUGAUGCCAAGGUGCCAGAAACCAUUAAUUGCCUGCAAUGUAUUUAGUCACAAUUGUGAAGCCACUUUGGAUGAAGCGUCCACAAAAUGUAAGUCUGAUUUCCUGUAAACGAGUGUUCUUGGUACCAUUCUUAUUUACUUUUUACCUUCUGGUUAGUGAGCCAUGUCUUUAUUACUGUGUUAAUAACUUCAACAGGAGGUUAUGGAAAGGUUUAACAGGGCAGUGAUAGCUCAGUGGUUAAGGUACUGGACUAGUAAACAGAAGGUUGCCGGUUCAAGCCCUCGCCACCACCAAGUUGCCACUGAUGGGCCCCUGAGCAAGGCCCUUAACCCUCAAUUGCUCAUCGUGUUCAGCUCAUUGUGUAAGUCGCUUUGGAUAAAAGCGUCUGCUAAAUGCUGAAAAUAAAAAUGUUGAAGGUUUAACCUCCUUUA